AUGUCUGAGGAUUAUCGUCGCAAUGAUCCAUCAGAUGCUAUCGUUGAGCAGAUGGUUCUAAUUGAUAUUAGAAACAUGCUGCAAUCAAGGGGGAAGGAUAUAAAAUCGUUCCCUCUCCCUGAGAUUGAUAACAAUUACGAUGAUGCUUGUGGUGUUCCACGGGAGAUAUUUGAGGAAUCAAAUAUAAAGAGCACCGAGGAUGACGUGUACUUAUCAGAGUCCCUUAACAAUGAGCAGAGGGCUGCUUAUGAUGAGAUCUUGUCAUCUAUUGAUUCCAACAACGGCGGGUUGUUUUUUGUGGGGGCUGCUUAUGAUGAGAUCUUGUCAUCUAUUGAUUCCAACAAUGGCGGGUUGUUUUUUGUGGAUGGCCCUUGUGGCACCGGGAAAACAUUCUUGUAUAGGGCUUUGCUUGCUAAAGUCCAUAGUCAGAACAAGAUUGUUGUUGCGACUGCUACGUCUAGGGUUGCUGCAUCCAUAAUGCCCGGUGGGAGAACUGCACAUUCACGUUUCAAGAUUCCACUUACCAUAGAUAGUGGUGGAUACUGUAGUUUCACUAAACAAAGUGGUACAACGACUUUGCUACGCACUGCUUGUUUGAUUGUUUGGGAUGAGGUUUCUAUGAUCAAGAAACAAGCAGUGGAGGCGUUGGACAAUAGCAUGCGUGAUAUAAUGGAUAGGCCGGAUUUGCCUUUUGGUGGGAAGACUAUUGUGUUUGGGGGGGAUUAUAGGCAGGUCCUACUGGUUAUCAGGAAGGGGUCAAGGGCUCAGAUAGUGGAUGAUUUGUUAUGCAGGUCAUACCUUUGGGAUUACAUGCGUCACCUAAAGCUUGUGCGCAACAUGAGAGCGCAUAGUGACCCAUGGUUUGCUGAAUAUCUUUUGCGCAUUGGCAAUGGAAUAGUGGAGGCCAAUGUUGAUGGUGAAGUCCGUCUCCCAGAUGAAAUUUGCGUGCCUUAUACUGGAGAUGGUAAUGAGAACAUGGCAGACAAGGACUACAUCACUUCUAGAGCUAUUUUGUCCACACGCAGUGAUUGGGUUGAUAGGAUUAAUAUGAAGAUGAUUGGAUCUUUCCAAGGUGGGGAGGUGGAGUAUCAUAGUUUUGAUUCUGUUGUAGAUGAUCCACACAACUAUUAUCCAUCAGAGUUUCUUAACACCCUUGCACCCAAUGGAUUGCCUCCACAUGUGUUAAAGCUAAAGGUAGGUUGUCCAAUAAUAUUGCUUCGGAACAUUGAUCCUGCAAAUGGUUUAUGUAAUGGUACAAGUUUUGUCAUGACGGUCAACAAGUCACAAGGUCAGACUAUUCCUAACUUUGGUGUUUACCUCCCUGACCCCGUGUUCUCACAUGGGCAAUUGUAUGUUGCAAUGUCAAGGGCAACUACUAGAACAAACAUCAAGAUUCUGGCACUUCCACCUAAUGCCACUGAGCUGGAGGAAGAAGCUAAAAAGGAGAAGAAAAAUGCUAAAAAUAAGGGUAAGGAGACUGUCAAUAACAAGAAAGAAAAGAAGAAAAUCCCAGUGUAUACAUUUACGAAAAAUAUUGUAUACAAGGAGAUUUUUGUCAGCUAA